AUGAUUCAUCCUGCAAACGAACCUCAUUCAUGCACUGUGUGUUUGGAACCGCUGUUUAAAUCCAUUACAAAGGAAAAGUCCGAAACAUUUGAACUCGACAAGUCAUUUCUGAAACAGAUGACCCAGCAAUGCAUCUUGCCAAAAUGCAGUCAUGUAUUUCACUCUGUAUGUAUUAUUCGAUGGUUAAAUUGUGGAUCUAAGCGUGUAUGUCCGAAUUGCAGAGAACCAGUCAAGUUUAUCAAACCCACACUACCCGAGAUUGUGUUUCUUCCAAACGGACUUUUUUGGAUUCCAUUGGCUUUGUCUACAGCACAACCAUCUUCUUCAUUACCACCUCUAGCUGCAUCCAGACUAUCCUCUGAUGCCACACGAUCUCAUGAACAAGCCUGUUCAGAUAAUGCCGUGGCAUUUUUGCAUCGAGAUUUGGCAUCAAAGCAAAUUCUUAUUGAUGAAAUGCAAGAGGAAAUAGAGUCACUCAAGUGCGAUCUUGAAGAUACCAUCACGGAUCGAAACCAUAUUCUCAACGAUCUUGAACAUUUAAAAGCAGGAGAACACGUAAUCAAGUCAUUUCAAGCAGCUUCGAAAAAGGAAAUGGCUAUUCUUCAAAAAAAAUUGGAUUCGCUUGAAAAAAUCAAUACGGAUCUAAAACAACAGUUGCUGAAUGCAGAACUUUCUCAAGCUGCUUCAAAAGUGUAUCAUGCUAAGCUUGUAGAAACCAUUGGUCGUCAUAAGAGCGAUUCGGAAAACCUCCAGCGAAAACUUGCUGCCUAUAAAACAGUGGAAAGCAUCGAUUUAAACAAAUCUAUAGACAAUGAGGAUUGGCAAGGUAGAGCCAGUGAUAUUGCUUUAAUGGACAAUGCUGCCGAUCUAAAGGAUAUUUUACAAGAAUAUCACAGAAAAAUCCAAACGUUCCACAAAAACUCGCAAACAUACAAAACACGCGCAUAUGAAAUGCGCGAGGAGCGAGAUUAUGCUCGUAAGGAGCUAGAUAGUUUAAAGGCAAAAUAUGAUCGAUUGGAAGAAAGCCAUCUGGAUAUCAAAAAACAACACGAGCUGGUUGCCACUUGCCAGCCAUCAUAUACCUUACUAUCUGCUAAAGAUAUCUUGACACACAAAUCCAAUGCAGGUAAAUUAAUCAACACUACUAUGCAUACAUCGACAUCAUGCGAUACACCACUUUUGGAUCGAGUUGCUAUUUUGGAACAGGAAUUGAUGAAUAUUCGACAAGCGCAGCUACAGACGACUGAUUCGCCCAGUAGAGAUCGGUUCAAGGAUUGUUUGAUCUCACCUUCCACUGUCGUGUCAGACUCGUCCUCGAAGAAUACGCAUACUACAACAUUUUCCCAAUCUAAUCAAUCACUACAUCAAAAAAGCACAUUUAAGCAGAAUAUCAGUGCCGAUCCAUGUUUUAUGGAUAGUGACUUGUCGGAUUUGAAUGAUGGACAAGUUGUUACAGUUCGUCAUGCAUUGAGUAGUUUGGAUGUACUUCGACCUGGCGCAAUGCUGGGAAAAAAGCGAGCCAGUAUUGGUCAAUUUGAGCAACUUGCUUCUCGAAUGAAACGCAAGAACGGCUCUGAUAUCUCGACUGGAUCCAACUCUUGUUUAUCAGGGACAUCAAAACAUACUUCUCCGUAUUUGGUAUCUGAUAGAAUGGGUGGAGUGUGUCGUCAAUCUAGACCGAUUGGUUCUCAAUCCGACUUGCAAAAUGGAGUGUCUACGACUGCAACAACUCGUCAAAUUGAUGGAUUAUUGCGAUCGGCUGUUUUACAAAAGAAAGUCAAUGCAUCUAGUUUUCAGUCCAAAACCAAUCCUAGUUUUACUGCUCAAGGUCAAAAAGGAACAUUACUCGGCUACUUUAGUAAAAAACAGUGA